UAAAUACCCAUUCAAUAUUUUCGUACAUCAGCAAAACAAGUAGUGCCAACCCACCCACUAAACUAACACCAUACUUUUUUACCCUCCGAGAAUGGCGAUUCAAUUGGAGAAUUUGGUGGAAUCGAUAAAAUCGAAGGUGAGGAAGUUGAAGAAGUCGAAGAAACCGUACAUCAAAAUGGACAAAAGCUCCAGUGUUAGAGUGGAGAUCCGUAGCAAAAAGGCUCGUAAGCUCAUCGACAAAACUCUCCAAGCUGCUGAUCGUCCCGGCAAGAGCAGUCUCACUUAGUACUUCUCCAUCGGAAAAAUAAUAAUUAAGAGUCGAUUUGAAAUAGAAAAAUUUCUCUUUGUUUUGAAGUUGUGUAUAGAAAAUAGAAAACUAUGGCCCUUUCUGUGUUCCUCGACGGCGAUGAAUCUUCAUUUUCCGAUGGGAACCGUUUCGGUCUUUCUUACUUUAUUUUUCUAUUGAUUCCAUAAUUAUUAAGGGGAAAAAAAAAGGAGAGUAAAUGUUGAGUUGUUUGUCCUUUUGAAUGAUUUCAUGACGUUUAUCUGA